CCGGCCGCCGCCUCUCCGCGGGGGAGCUUGCGCAGGUGGGCCCAGCCCCUGUCCGGGCACCUGUGCCAAUGACCCAGGUGGUGCUUUCGCUUUCUCCCCCCGCGGCGGCGUAGCGUGUGCGCGGCGCGAUGGGCAACCAGGUGGAGAAGCUGACCCACCUGAGUUACAAGGAAGUUCCCACGGCCGACCCCACCGGCGUGGAUCGGGACGACGGGCCCCGCAUCGGGGUGUCCUACAUCUUUUCCAAUGACGACGAGGACCUGGAGCCGCAGCCGCCUCCCCAGGGGCCGGAUCAUGGGGGGUUGCCCGACGGCGGGGACGGGCCCCCGCGGUCCCCGCCGCAGCCCUACGACCCGCGGCUGCACGAGGUGGAGUGCUCGGUCUUCUACCGCGACGAGUGCAUCUACCAGAAGAGCUUCGCGCCGGGCUCCGCGGCCCUGAGCACCUACACGCCGGAGAACCUGCUCAACAAGUGCAGGCCCGGCGACCUGGUGGAGUUCGUGGCCCAGGCGCAGUACCCGCACUGGGCGGUCUACGUGGGCAACUUCCAGGUGGUGCACCUGCACCGGCUGGAGGUGAGCAACAGCUUUCUGACGGACGCCAGCCAGGGCCGGCGCGGCCGCGUGGUGAACGAGCUGUACCGCUACAAGCCGCUGAGCCCCGGCGCCGUGGUGCGCAACGCCCUGGCACACGUGGGCGCCAAGGAGCGCGAGCUGAGCUGGCGCAACUCGGAGAGCUUCGCCGCCUGGUGCCGCUAUGGCAAGCGCGAGUUCAAGAUCGGCGGCGAGCUGCGCAUCGGCAAGCAGCCCUACCGGCUGCAGAUCCAGCUCUCGGCGCAGCGCAGCCACACGCUCGAGUUCCAGAGCCUGGAGGACCUGAUCAUGGAGAAGCGGCGCAACGACCAGAUCGGGCGCGCGGCGGUGCUGCAGGAGCUCGCCAUGCACCUGCACCCCGCCGAGCCGGACGAGGGCGACGGCGACCCGGUUCGGACUACGCCGCCUCUGGGGCGCCCCCCUGCGCCAGGCCCGGAGGGGGAGGACCUAGAGGCCGGGGUGCACUGAUGGGAGAGCCGAGUGCAGAGCUGUGAAUGGGAGCUGUUUGCAGCAGGCGCUGCCCCCUCCCUGCUCUCACUCCCUCCUCCUCCACCACCGUCUGGGCCCCAUCUGGGCUCCCGGGCCAUUUGGAAAACUGAGAGUUGGCGGAGUGUGCAGCCAGCUGUGGCUGGAGCUUGUUAGCUUGGACGGAGCAGGAGGGAGACAGGGAGCAGGUAGGAGCGCUUUGGCUGGGGGGCAUUUCCUGCCCAUACCCGAAGUCUGUCUUCCUUUCCCAGGUGGGGCAAAUUGUGUGGUUUUGCCUGACACUUCCUGCAGAACCUGGGUCGGAAAUCAACUCUUAUGCAUGUGCAAAUGGGGAGGAAAUCGGGGCACCUAUGCCUGGCCUGCCAUUACUUUCUCCUGGCUUCCUAUCCCACUGGCUGGGCAGAGGCCCUGUGGAGGGAAGGCCAGAGCUGGCUUGUAGGCACUGAGAGCCACUCAUCUCUACCCGCCCUUCCCAACCUCCCACGCUGUGCAUGAAUCCAAGAGCCAGGGUGAUUUAUUGUAUGGGGUUCCUGGGGUGUAAGGCUGGCAAAGCCAGGAUCAGAUCUGGAAUCAGCAGACCGAAACCUGGCAGCCCCCCAUGAAGUGUAACAAAUAGUGUGAGUAAACUUGGGCAACAAACAAAGAGUGCUACCUCCCUCUCCAUCCUCAAGUCAUUCAUCUUCUGAGCUGGCUUCUAGCUGAGUCUCCUGCUCCCUCCUGCUCCGCCCACCACUUCCCAGGUUACAAGUAAAUCAUUGUCAUGGACCUGCCAGGGGAAGGAUUCAAUUAUGGUUCUGUUUUGCCACCUUUGUUUCUUGCCUCCCAUUGUAGGCACUUACAGCUGUGUUAUUUGUUAUCAAAGGAGGGAAUAGCUCUUGUGUCUCUGAUCUAAUUAAACCUGCUUGGCUGUGUUCAUCAGCAGGUCACACAUGGUUGGCUGGCGCCACCCCAUAAAAUAUCCACUACAGAAGCAGCCAAACAGUGCUGCUUGGGCAGGAAUUAAUCUCCUCCCUUGCUCUGAACGUAGCCCCUUUCAUGAAUGUUAAAGGAUUUUUGAAAGGGAAGAUUUUCCUGAUCCUGUGACUCCCCUCCCACCCUUGCCAGACCAUUGUCACUUUUGUCCUGCUGGUGGUAAAAUCUUAGGCUGGAGGCAUAGUUCAGUGAUAAGAUACUAAUUUGCUGGCCACACUUGAUGCAACUUAAUUCUAGAAGCAGAGUCUUGGUGUAAUACAGCAGCCUGCUUGAUUGUUGCUUGGAGAGCAUCCUUCAGAAAGCUUUCUCAUUUAAGAGGGGCAACCAUAAUCACAAAUACAUGCUACUUGGUGUAAUGAGCCUGGAGUCUGGUGACAGCCCUAAAGAUUUGGGAUCUACAGGCAGCAGGCUGACCCAUACUGUUUGGACCUGCUGCCAGGUGCCUCUUGACUGAGUCCUUUAAGAACAUUGAGACCCUGUCUCUGGACCCUUGUGCCCCUCUGCGCCCCUUGAGUGUCCAUUUCAGAAUGCUGCGCAUGAGCAGUGCUAAUGCUGUUACUCUACUCAAAGUUGAGUAAAGUUUUCUCUUGGGAGUCAUUCUAGAGUGUCCCAAAUAAGUCAUCCUGUGACCUACUUCUGAGAGUUGGAAUAGAUUCCUUCUCAAGUGCUCCAUCCUUGGGCCUCUCGCCCGGAAGCACCAAGGCUUGAAGGAUCUGCUCAUAUGGGUGACUUUUCUCAAAAUUGAACUAUGAGACCAUGACUUUUAAAAGCCUAGAGCUUGAGAGUACCUUGACACGCAACCAUUUAAUUCCAGGGGCAUUCAGAUCUGUUUCCUGUUCUCACAGGGAUCAUUCAGCCUGGCUUGUCCCUUUGACUGUUAACACUCUGAACCCCACUCUGCCCUAGUCUGGGACUUGAGAGAAACAUCAGUCUCCUGUAGGAUAUGUAGGUCUGGUUUCAUGUUUAAUUAUCCUCCGACUUCGUGUUUAUAGUCUCUUCUUCAAGCAGGUGUGGAGCAAGAUAACCAUGGGUAGACAUUCAGAGGGGUCCACCUUCCCUAACUUGGACUUUUCACUUUUGCUUAACACAGCAGGGAGGGUUGAAAGUGAGGUCAGUGUGCAGAUAGCAGGAAGGAGCACUGGGCCAGCCAUUGCAGCCUGGGGCCUCUGGGCUGUGGCCAGGCUCCCUUGUGCCUCCUUUACCGUCAGAGGGAACUGGAAUGUCCUGGGUCUCACUGAGGCACAGCACUCACUCUCUGUGGUUACCAAUAAACUGUUUUUAUGAGCAGUUUCAACUUGGAGGAUGAGCACCUAUAAAAUCCAUACCCCUAGCAGCUUUCCAGCUCUGGAGAAGUUUUCGGUAUCAACUUGAAAAUGAACUAGAAGAUGAAAUAGAUCUUCUCCAGAUGCUGAUUUCCCAGGUGUUGCAAGUGAUGUUUGCAGAGUCCCAGGAUGUGAACAAUGUAAUGCUUAGGAGCAGUGAUUCCCUUUCUAGUGCUUAAAGUACAGCCCCAAGCCAGCCGCGCAGAGAGGAGAAUCCUCUAGAUGGGGAGUGUUGGGAAUAAUUGAGUUUUUGAUGCCCAGGAAUGGCUACACCUGGCACUAAAAAAAAAAAAAAAAAAGGUAUAUUUAAUAAUUUUUGUUUCUCUUUAGGACUAAGACUUUAGAACUGUUUUGUACUGUGAAAUACGAAUGCUAUUUGGAGGAAGGAAAUAGCAAUUUUACAGUUCUUCAGAAGCUGUGACCAGGAUAAGCAGGACCCCCACCUGGAACGUAUGCUAAAUGUAAUCAGACAAAUUCUAUUUUCUUACCUGAGCAAAUAUUUUAUUGCGACUGCUUCUGUAUGUCAAAGGAGUUCACAACGUCAGUUCACGACUUUUUGUAUUGAACUCAUACUUUUUGUAGCUUUUAUUCCACAAUUUAAUUUAAAAUGACUUUGUAGCACUAACACGCCUAGCAAAAGACUUAACUCUAGAACUUUAAGGAAAUUUUUAGUUUUUAUGAAAAAUGACACUUCAGUGGUUAAACUCCUCAUGUCUUUGGUGCUCCUGGCCCUCGUAGCACCGCUAGACUACACCACAGCCACAUGGAAACAUAUUUUUGGAAGCAAAACUUUAAUUUUAUACACAUAUGCUAUGGAGAGUGAAGAAAAUUUAAGGACUACUUGUUUUCUAUUUUUUUCUUAGCAAAAUGGAACCCACUGUGUUGAAGACUUGCUAUUAUGUGAUUUAUGUGAUCGUUCAACCAUUUUUUAUAAAUGAGAGUAAGAUCUUGAAGUGACCACGGCCAUUGAAAGGAUUUGUUUGGAAAGUUACAUUUUACUUGCAAAAUUUUUUUGUUUUUUUUAAAUCAGGGUAACUAUAGAUGUGUCUGGUUUGUUCAGCUUGUCCAUUUUGUUAAAGUUUCGUGUUUAGCUAUACUACUUGAGACCCAUGAAGAAUUACACUGACAUGAUAAAUUCCACAUGCAUUUUAUUUCCCCAAUGAAUUGUGUAACUUUAUUUUUUUGUUGAAGAUCAUAUGUUUAAUCAAUGUUAUAUUUCUCAUACCACUUCUUGAGAAGGAAGUUCCAAUUUGAAAUUGUAUCAUUUCCUUCAAAAUGAAGGGCAGUGCUUAGUUAAAUAAAAGAUUGAUGACAUCUUUUAAACCAUUUCCUCUUCACUAUGUCUUAUUAAAAUAAAAUCUGUCAGGGCUUUCUGGAAAGUGCUAUGAGAGUUUCCCAUAAACCAUCUAUUAGACAUAACUGAAUUGAUAGUUUAUAUUUUUCUACUUGUGUAUCUUUUUCUGCCACUUUUUUGGUUCAAAUCCAAGCCACUCGACUUAACUGCAGUUUUGCCUAGAAUAUUGGUGCAUAUCAUCUUUACAUUGCUCAGUAAACAUUCUGAUGAAUUAAUUUUGGGACUGACAGCCCUCUCUGCAUUUACUUUGUAAGAAUUAAUCAUCCACUGUUCAUGAAAAAUGUCUCAUGAACAUAAAUUUUCAAUACCCACUGAUUCUCAGAAUCAAUGCACACACUGCUAGAAAUGAUACAUUUUGGAAUCUAUGCUGGGGAGUUUUGGUAUUAAAAGCCCAGUGACCCAUUUACACCCUUGGUGGUUACAGACUCCCAGAAAAAGGGAGUGGGCUCACUGAGUGAUUAGAGGAAGCGGCAUGUGACUGGGUAGAAUGGGUGGCAUGAUGAGGGAUGCAGGUGGCAAAGGAGCAGAUAUGGCAUGUGGGAAGCCAACACAUGCCUUAGGCCAGCAUGAAUCCACUCCCACGACGAAGGUCAAAAGUCUGGGCUUUGACAACGGGCUCCUGUGAGAAUUUUAAAUAGGAAGAAAGUUGAACGCUCAAGGUGGUGGGCAACUCAGGCAGCUGUGAAACCCUUUGCCCUAAAUGGGCACCCUUGACCUAUUGCGGUUAUUGCACAAAGAGAUGGGGUGAGGGGAGCCUUGUACAGAAUGUGCACUUGGGGGGAUUUUGGUGUAGGGUUCUGUUCCCGUACCUCAUGACCAGCACUUGUUUAGUGAGGUAAAUGCCAUGUUUGGGAGAAUUUAAAAAGAACUCCAGAAUCAACAGCUCAGAAUGUGUGCAGAAGGGCUUUUUAUUUCUUUACUGGAUUUACCGGGAAAUUUGUUUAUGAUCAAAUACAGCAAUUUUAUCUGCAGAGUAGAUGCAGGGGUGAUUAGAGUUUGUAUUUGCAACGAUAGAAAGUACUAAGUGCUUAUGGAGGUUUUGAAGAUGCUCACC